GGUACACCUUCACAAUUUUAUUUGAAAAUGUAAUUAAAAAAAUUUUUGGAGAUUUUUGGUUUAUUUUAUCAUUUAUAAAAUCUAACGUUUGUCUGAUUUUCUGGCAUUAUUUUUUAUUUUAACUGACUUUUUUUAAAUUUUAACGCACACAUAUUUUUAAAUUCACCUUAACAUUUCACAUACACUCAUUUCUUAUCGAUAUUUUUCAAUUAAGGCCCAUGAUGUUACUAUCUUAAUGAUGAUUGCAUCAUUCUUCACAUUCCUAUUCUAUUCUCUUUAAUUUUUCUAUACUCAAAAUUAUGAUUAAACCAAACAAGAACUCAAAUUCAGGGGAAAGUAAAUUUGGCUUAUCUGUUCUGGAUACUUUGUUAAAUCGCGAUAUUUAUGACGUUUCAAUAAAUGAAACAACAUCUGAAAUAAGGGGAUUUUAUUCAGACUCCGACAACAAUUCACAUCUUGUAUCAUCAUCUUCGUCACACAUUUUAUCAGAAAAUGGAAUCCCUAAUAGCACCUUGGAAUCGCCUCUGUUUACGGAAACUAAAACUCCGACUAACAGAUCGGAGCAACUUCCCAUUCUUUUGGCCAGAAACUAUUACACAGCGCCACCUUGUUUGUUAAGAUUUGUAAACUCAACCUCUACCAUUAGAUCCUAUAAAGAAAACAAAAGGGAUUCAGAUGGGACUGUAUUGGACAAUGAGUAUGAUCCCAUCAUUGAUUGCAACGUCGACACCAACGAUGAAAUGGAUGACUAUGAUUUAAAUGAAAACGACGUUGAAACUUUCUCUAUUGGUACCAUGACUAAUAGAACUUCUCUGAUGAGUGAUCAGCAGUUUCCUGACUCUGAUGAGCUUGCUUACAUGAAUAUGGACCCUCUGGAGUUAAACUUAGUUUUACAAAAUGCAUCUUCAAAACGAGACCCUCAUUUUGACAAGGGUUGUUCACCUUUUGUUAUUGAAAAGUCUACGGAUUCAAAUACCAACUCUAAAGUUACAGUUGAUAUCGGAACCAGCCCUCUUAUUAUGGAUGAGACUGAAUUAUUUGACAAAUGGGUUUCAACAGACAAACUAGAUGAAGACACGGAAGUAAAAGUAGAAGACAUUGAAAUAAAACUAGAGCCCACUACUAUGGAUUCUUACCCUCCAGAACUUGAAUCAAACGAUUUAAACACAACUGACGUUGAUGUUGAACCUUCUGAGUUCCCGAUAAAUGAUGAUGCUCCAGACUCUAAGGAGUAUUCUACACUUGAGUCUGGUGAUUUUUCGAUAAAAAAUCAGGAAUUACCUCAAGAGAAUCAAAUUCCCGUUUAUUGCAGGAGUCUUCUCUACAGAAUUAGAGUUCCUCUUUCAAAGCGCCUUAAAAACAUAAACGAGGAUGCUCUAAACAAUAGUUUGAGUUCUCCACUCAAUUCCCCUACAAAAGUUAACUUGAGUUGUGAUCGUCUAUUUUCAUCUAAAACCAAAUCUCCUAAUUCAAUCGACUACUCAUAUUCACUUUUAAGUGUUAGAGAUUUAGAGCCCAAUCGUUCCGACUCCUCAAAUUUAUUACCGAAUACAAACUAUGAUUUUUCAAAAAAUAAGGGGACCAAGUCUAAUAAAAUUAAGAGAAACUUGACUAGUUCCCUAGGUUCUCAGGGCCGUAACAAGAUUAGGAAACGGUCCAGACCUUUAAAACGAUAAUAUUAUACUAUGUA